AUGUUCAACGCAACGACCGGGACCUUCAAUGCGACUCUUUUCAACAACACCGACCUCUGUACGCUUGAUACUUGCCCCUUAGAUUGGGCUCAAGUUAAUUAUAUCCCGUCCCUUGGUGGUAACUUGCUAUACGUCGGGAUCUUCGGCCUCGCUUUGUUAUCGCAAAUCGGACUCGGUAUAUACUACAAAACAUGGACUUAUCUGAUUGCCAUGGUUGGUGGUUUGGUCGGGGAGAUUAUUGGAUAUAUUGGACGUGUGCAGAUGCACUAUAACCCGUUCCCUCAGACUCAAUUCCUUGAGUACCUGGUCUGCCUUACAAUUGCCCCCGCCUUCCUCUCGGCCGCUGUUUACCUCUGCUUCUCACGCAUCGUCAUCGUCUACGGCUCAAGAAUCUCCCGCUUCCGACCCAAGACCUACACCUACCUCUUCAUUGCAGGUGACUUCAUCGCCCUUUUGCUUCAGGCAGCCGGAGGCGGUAUCGCCGCCAGUGCAACUGGCACCACACAACAAACGGGUAUCAACAUCAUGAUUGCCGGUGUCUCAUGGCAAGUGUUCAGUCUCGCCGUCUUUGCAGCUCUCUGCACGGACUUUGCUCUUCGCGUCCGCCGUGCGCGAACCCUAGAUCUCAACUCGCAAUACGACGCCUUGCGCUCUUCGCGCCAAUUCCAGUUUUUCCUCUGUUCUCUCGGAAUCGCUACUUUGACUAUCUUCGUUCGAUCCGUGUUCCGUUGCGCCGAGCUGUCCGGCGGUUUUAACGGCUCUUUGGCCAAUAACGAGAUUACGUUUAUGGUUCUUGAGGGUGCUAUGAUUUCUAUCGCGGUGAUUGCGUUGACUUCAUUCCAUCCUGGAUUAAUCUGGAAGGGUGAAUGGCGCGAGUUAUCUAGGAGUAUGCGUGCACGUCAGGAUGGGAAGGAUUACCACGCUGGUGCCUUGCUGUCCACCUCUGAUAUUGAUCGGGAAAGUGCCUAUCAAAUGAGGUAG